AUGAUACUUUUCAUACUUUGCCAUCUGUUAAUGGCUCCAUCUCAACAGAUCUCAAUAAUCAAUCCUAAUUAUGUAUGCGCGAAGGAUAAAAAUUGUGAUAUUACUGCUGAAACGAAAAAUAGAUGUAAUUAUUGUCGCUUUCAAAAAUGCCUUCGUUGUUGUUGGACAGUUGAGCGUAUUUGCACCUCUGGUCCGAGUCUUGCGAAGGACGACUCGUUUAGAACUACAGAAAUAGAAAUGCGUGAAAAAAAAAUUUCAGCAUUAUAUAAGACCACGUUCUUAAAGACGUAUAUUUUUAGUGCGAUUGAAUUAUCAAUUUCGGAUAUUGAAAAUUUUAUCGAACAUGUCGUGAGAUCGUUUGAUUAUGCAUUUUCAAACACUGGCAUGGUUGGUGAUUUAUACCAUGCCAGAGAACAUUUCAGGCUAUUCUUGUAUAAUGCUGCCAUAUUCAAUAGCAUAGAAUACGUAAAUGCUUCUACGAAUUCCUCAUUUCUUUUGGCCCUAGUUAUAAAAGAAUCUUUGGCUAAAACGGAUUUUGGUGAAGUAUUUCUAAAAGAUUAUCAAGCGGAAAUUACGAAAAUCCAGACGUUUUUCGGUGGUAAAAUCCGAAAAGAUCUUGUCGCUGUACUUAUGCUCGUAAGCUGUAUGAUCGGAAUCACUCCAACGUCGCCUAUUGUUUAUUCGAUCUUUGAUAGAGUAACUUCAUGUCUUUUACUAAUUCUGAAUCGACUUGAGAUCGAGGCGAAGCUCGAAAUAUCAGUUUGGGACGUUUUUUAUUACCUCUUUCAUAUUUCAAAUGAAGUAAUAUUAAAGCGAGCAUUCAUUAUUUUUCGACAUUAG